CCGCCUGCGGUUCAUAUCUUAUCAGCUGCAUUAGGACAUCAAGUAGCGCUCUCGGAGUUAAAAACGCUUUAUUUCAUUGCAUAUUAAUUUUAGCGGUAACUUUCAAUAUACCACAAUGCUAAGUCUAUAAAACAUGAAAUUCCGUGCGCUUGGUGAUGUUACUAAGCUAUAAUAAAAAGAGAGCAACUGUUAACACUGACCCAGUUAUGCACCUGCAACAACACUUUCUAAAAAAUUCUGAAAAGGUGAAGACUGAAAGAGACUGUCCCAGGGAUCGAUAUGUACCUAUAUCACAUGGUAUAAAGCCAGGCCCUGCUGCAGAUGGUCAGCCAGCUGAUGGAAUAGCUAAUUCAUUUCUUUCAUUUCAUUCCAAUUUAUGGGGUGGUGAAUCCCAUCAUAAACCUUCAACUUCAACCUUUUCUGAUCAACGUCCAUUUCCUUUUUCUUUACCACCAUCUCAACAACCAAUUUAUUUUCAGCCAUCAAAUCUAACGCCGAUAAUACCUUAUAAUCAUAGCCCAGUUUUCCAACAAAAUGUACAGAAUCAAAGAAAUAGUCAGUUUUAUCACCAACAAUUACCAUCAUCCUGCUACAAUUACUACGAAAAAAAUAUGAAAUAUGCAGAGCAACCUCACAUGAAUAAGCGAAUCCCAUUACUACCAAGCUCUACUUACCUAGGGGACUGUCAACAACAAGGUCUCGAGAGCUAUCCAACUUGGACAAGUAACUUAAAUAUCUUUCCUCAUACAUUAAAGCUCUCCGAAAAUAUGCAAGGUUCUUAUCUUUAUAAAGGAACCACUCAACGAACUAGGCAAGAACAAGAGUGUACGGUAAAUAUUAGAGAAAAUGACAUUCAUUCUCAGUUUUUUAAAGAGAAAAAAUAUGACCCAUUAAACAAUUUUGUUGGAGCUAACUUGCUAAUCUAUUCUGAUGUUAGGUGUACAGAGCCGAGCUUUAAGCAAGUGAGUUCCGACCUCCAUACUAAAGGAAUAAAUCUAGCAAACUACAAUAAUGUUUUAAACGCUAAUAUAAUACAAGAAGAAGAGAAAAGAAAAGUUAAAGGCAAUGAAUUCAAUAAGGAACUUUAUGAUUACUAUAUGGAAUGGAAUGACCAUAAAUGUUGCGAAACUAGUUACACUAUAUUUCCUUCAAGCAAUGAAAAAAUUACAAAAAGAAAGUACAUCGCGGGAACUAACAAAUACCUUCGAAAAACAGACAGACGGAGCAAGAACAGAGGUCUAGCUAAACGAAGAAGUUAUGAAGUGUCUUUUAAAGCAGAAAUAAUACACGCUGUAGAUGUCGCUCGCGAAAAUUCUAUUAAAUCUGCUGUCGAGCACGUGGCCGAAAAAUAUAAACUACCACUAAUUAAUGUUGCUAAGUGGUGUCAGAAUAGAAAGCAAAUACUAUCAACUGCAAGUAAUAACAUUCAUAACAAAAAAAUUAGACAUUCGCCCUCGAGCGAAUGUGAUCCAAGUUUUAAAUAUAAUACAACAGAACUUGUAACUGAACGUACUAAAAACACAGGGAGCACACCUUACCAUCAGGACCCCAUUAUUUUAACUAAGAAAACUUUUUCGUCUACCCCCUCAAAUGAUAUAAUAUUCUUUGAUUUAAAACCGGGUAAGACAAAACAGCUUCCGGAAUGUUACCAUAAUGUACAUGCAAAUUUUGAUUUAGUCGGAAACGCAUCUCUAAAAAAGUCUACCAAUUCUACCAAUGAUAACGGUAUCACCAAGGCGUUAAAUGAAUUUAAAGACGGAGCUUUUCAGUCAUAUUUUUUUUAAUUUUUAUAGGGAAAAUAGUGGUCCAACGCCUCUCCUAAUGUAUAAAAUGCUGUUUACUGUUUACGUCAGGAUUUUUAAAGGGCGCCCC